GAGCCAGUUGCCUGUUAUGGCUACUGAAACAACAAGGGAAAAAGCAAUAGCACAAUUCAGCUGAAUCAUUAGUGGACAUAAAUUAUUUCCUCAACGUUAAGAGCUUCACCUCUAGUUCCACGUGUGUAUUUCCCCACGCUACAGUACUGGCUGUGUGUCUGCUGGUGGCUGGGGUUCAGCCCAUGGAGGACCCAACAUAUGGGGUGAAGCUCUGUGGCCGUGAGUUCAUCCGAGCAGUCAUCUUCACUUGUGGGGGCUCACGAUGGAGACGGUCACUCAAGAGCACAGCAGAUGUUUCAGAGGACCCAUUUAGCUCCCGUCAGGAUGAGUCCUCAGAGGGCUUGAGUCACAAUUCGGUGGUGGAGAGUCUUCUCCAAAGAAACAGAGAUCUAAGCUUCACAUCUAGAGACAACCAGGAGGGAGUAUUUAGCAGGCCGACCCGUUCUUUCAUCACUGAGGAGAUCCUAGAAGCCCUGCGCAAGGCUGACCGCAAAGGCCGGGAUGUGGUGGUGGGUCUGUCCAAUGCCUGCUGCAAGUGGGGCUGCAGCAAGAGUGAGAUCAGCUCCCUUUGCUGAGAGUUGACCUUCGCCAUCUGAGUGGAUACACCGGCAGGCAUAUUAUAUACAUUAUUACACAAACAGACAUAUAAAUACAUACACACUUACAGUGGUUUUUCCAAUUCUCAUGAAUUUUAGGUUGUUUUGUAUGAUUUUAUGUCCAGUGUCUUUCAGUUAACUCAUGACAUGAGUUUGAAAUGUUGUUUUAUGUUUUAAUAUCUAUGAAGUGUAUGGAAAGGGCUGCCAUGUGCUCAAAAUGUUUAUAUAUUUCUGUUAAGAAAAUGCAUUCCAGGCUUUGUAAUGAGCAGCCUUAAGUAUUCAAUCUUGAGCCAAGCUGUUUUGUCCUUACCAACCACUAUCAAACAGAUGAUAAUAAUUUUAUUUAUUUAUUUAUCCAUUUUGCAUUGACAUCUGAAUUGUGCACCUGAGAACUCAAGGGAAUAAAAUGCUUUGUUAACAAUA